AUGCGUGCCGGAAACCUUGAACCAGGGCUAAACUCUCGGAUGAUUUCCUAUAGGUCACAGAGCUAACAGUGAGUUUACGCAUGCUUGCUUACUUUCGCAAGCUGUCAAGCUAAACGUCGGGGAUGGACAGUGUGCGACACUCAAUUUUGGCGGAAACUAACUAGCUUUCUCCUGCGAAUUGCAGACAAAGUGCUCGAGGUAUGCAUGGUGAGAAAAAGUGCUGUGCCAUGGACUCCUCGCCCACUACAGCCGCAACAAGCAUCGUUAACGACUGCAUCGGCUCAACAGCGGACAUCGACCGCGAUGCCAGCUCCGCCACCUGCGUUGAUUGCAAGGCCUGUUACAGACAGACGAUUGCAGCUCUCUGACUGUCCUCCUUUGGGAUCGUCGUAUAUGCACGGUCGAAGGACUCGAAUGCUUGCAACUACGCCCAUGAGACCACCCCCUCCUCCCGACAGCGCGCUUUCGAAAGGAUUGGCGAAAUGGCAGACUUUCGCAGCAACGAGCCGUCCAUACGUUCACCCAGCUGUACAAGAUGAGGCAGUUGGAGACGGGCAAGCCCAUCGCUUCGGUCCAAACUACUGCCCCCAACCUUGGCGCUUUUGCACCCCCUUCCCGGACCCAGAGAUCCAUUAUCGCAGACAAGAUUACCGCGGUCGCUGGUCGGAUUUGUUGCCACUGGGAAGCAGUGCCGGGCAACCAGAUCGGUAUCGAGACCACCGUUUCAGGCCCAAGCCGUACGAUGUGUCGCCGCCUCGUUUCGCGACUCUUCUUCGUCGAACUCCACUAUCAGGCGCGAUGUUGAUGCAUCCUGAACGGGCGAGGAAGAUCUUGGAUAUCCCUCAACGAUUACACAGUGCGGGGCGCGAAACCACCUCAACCGUAGCAACAGCGAGGGGAAGGUCUCAAUGGGGCCGUCGCCCAUGCCGCCCUGCAGCUUCCGCCGCUGCAGCAGGCACCGCAUCAACAACUGCACCAACUACUGCGACGCCCGUUGCCGAGAUUCCUACGCCCUUCAAAAGUGUAUUUUCUCAGACUACACUAGUAGCUGAUGGUGUAAACCUUUCGACUACCUCAUCUGCUGAUGCGCGACUUACGAAACAGACCGACGCUCAGGCAUCAUUAUCUCGUUCGGCAUGUGGAAACGGGUCGGACAAAGGCAACGCAAGGUCUAUUCCCCAAGUCGCUCGAUCGAGGACGACGACCUCUGACAAGACGUCGUCCUCCAAAAUCAUUCCGGAGACUACCAUCGCGGCAGGGAGGCAACGGGCCAUAUCGGACAACUUCGCUUCGCACAAGGUUGCAACUCGGACGACGACAGUUCCACGUUUACGAUCUGGUGGAAAGUUUCCUUCAAGGGCGUCCUCGACAAGUAGCGUUUGGAACCGGCUAGGUCCUCGACCUGAGAAGGGUCGAUCCAAAGUGGAAGCGUCAUCAUCAGAUAUCCAACCAAAUAAAAUCUCGUCGAUUUUUUCAGCUCCUUCGUCCGAAAAUCAAGUAAGGCAACAGCCAGUCGGAAGAUGUGCGUCUACAGGACCGGCAUCCUCUGCUGUAUCUCACAGUAUCCUUCUCUCCCAACUCCGCGAUAGAGUGAUUCAGUCACAGCACGACCUGGAGGGUCUCCUGAAAAGCCGCGAUGUUCCCCAAAAGAAGAAUCUACGCUCCCAAGCCAAGAAACUGAGAUCAGUGCAGGUAACACGGGAUUCCCAACAAGAUAGCGAAGGUAUUUGCGCCACGCAUGUCCCUUUCUGACUUUGCCUCUUCAGUCGGCCCUUGCUCGGUGCGCGACGCCUGAAUCGACACACACAUCGGAAAGCGGAAGACUCUCUAUUCACGAGCGUCUAGGACCGAAAAAGGAAUGGCUCGGGAUGAAGCGGCCCAGAAGCUUUUCGCAUACGUGCACACCCACAGCAGCGGCGCGGGAUCGCGAAAUUGAAGAUUAUUUUGUUGUGUCUUCAGCGGUGCUCGAUCAGCAACUGGACGAAUACAUGGCGUCCUCGGCGAAAGAAAAGCGUCCGCAAGAGAAAACCUCGACUGGCGGGGGCAACAUAGGUCCAAGCUUAUCUGUACAAGCCGCUGUAA